UCCAUUCACACAGACGUCACGUGAAAGGCGGGGCUUAACGUUUGAUUGGCAUUGUGUGUGUCCGAAUAGUUAGCCACGGGACCCAAGAAUACUGAAAGCUUUGAAUUUCUGACCGGGACGACUGGAGGAGAGUACUCGGGAUAACCUAGAUUCGGCACUUGGCUGGAGCAGUGGAUGAGAAGUUUGUAGCAGAUCGGGGAGGGAGUGGGAACGGCAUCGGCCACAAGUGUGUGUCAUGUCGUAACCGCUCUCUCGGUGUGUGUGCAGCUAUGCAGCAGGUGUUGGAUAACUUGGGCGAGUUGCCCUCCACCACCGGGGCUAAAGACAUUGACCUCAUCUUCCUCAAAGGCAUCAUGGAGAGUCCUAUCGUCCGCUCGCUGGCCAAGGCUCAUGAGCGUUUGGAGGAUGUGAAGUUGGAAGCAGUGCAGGAGAAUAACGUGGAUCUUGUGACUGAGAUUCUGGGUGACAUCAGUGGACUGAGCGUACGAGAUGACAGCGCAGCAGAGCUCUCCAAAAUCCUGCAGGAGCCCCAUUUUCAGUCUCUUCUGGAAGCCCAUGACAUAGUGGCGUCUAAGUGCUAUGAAGCCCCACCCCCUCCUGAGGUGACCAAUGAUGCGGCAGUAAACAACGCUCUUAUGCAGGCUGAUGCAGUCAGGAUGAUUGGCAUCCGCAAGAAAGCAGGAGAACCUCUGGGUGUGACCUUCCGAAUGGACAAGGGUGACCUGGUAAUCGCUCGCAUCCUCCACGGAGGGCUGAUUGACAGGCAGGGGCUGCUGCAUGUGGGUGACAUCAUAAAGGAGGUGAAUGGGAAGGACGUCGGCAAUAAUCCCACUGAACUCCAGGAGAUGCUCAAAGAAUGUAGUGGAGGAAUAACACUGAAAAUACUGCCCAGCUACAGAGAUGCUGCAGCGCCACCACAGGUUUAUGUGCAGCCACAUUUUGACUACAAUCCAGCCAAUGACAAUCUAAUUCCAUGCAGAGAGGCGGGGCUAGCUUUCAAAAGGGGUGAUAUCCUGCAGAUUGUCAACCGAGAAGACCCAAACUGGUGGCAGGCAUGCCAUUUAACGGAAGGAGGUACUGGGCUGAUUCCCAGUCAGUUUCUGGAGGAAAAGAGGAAAGCAUUUGUUCCAAGAGACCUGGAUGGAGCAGGAAUCCUAUGUGGAACACUAACUGGUAAAAAGAAGAAAAAAAUGAUGUACCUCACUGCCAAAAAUGCAGAGUUCGAUCGGCAUGAGCUUCAGAUCUACGAGGAAGUAGCACGUAUGCCACCGUUUCAGAGGAAAACCCUCAUCCUGAUUGGAGCGCAAGGAGUGGGGCGACGUAGCCUGAAAAACAGACUAGUUGUGCUACAUCCCACUCGCUUUGGUACCACUGUACCACACACGUCUCGGCGGCCUCGCAAUGAUGAGCAAGAUGGUCAGUCAUAUAGAUUUGUAACACGUCUAGAGAUGGAGAUGGACAUCAAGGCGGGCCGGUACCUGGAACACGGAGAGUACGAUGGCAACCUCUACGGUACUAAAAUUGACUCCAUCCAUGAGGUGGUGAACACCGGACGCACAUGUAUCCUGGACGUCAAUCCGCAGGCUCUGAAGGUGUUAAAAACCGCAGAGUUUAUGCCGUAUGUCGUGUUCAUCGCAGCGCCAGAGUUCGACACACUGAAGGCUAUGCACAAAGCUGUGGUUGAUGCUGGACUCACCACCAAACAGCUCACAGAUGUGGACCUGAAGAAGACCGUGGAUGAAAGCGCUCGCAUCCUGCGGGCUUACAGACACUACUUUGAUCUCAUCAUUGUCAAUGACAACCUAGACGGUGCAUUUGAGAAACUGCAGUCGGCUGUGGACCAACUCUGUACUGAACCACAGUGGGUUCCAGUGAGCUGGGUUUACUAAGGGCAUCUUUAGAAAAUCACCAUACAAGAGUGUUUGAGUGUGUGUGUGUGUGCGUGUGUGUGCCUGCGUGUGUGUAUGAUUGGUAUGCGAGGUGAUUGAUGCGGGGCAGUGAAGUCACGCGUUUGGAUUGACCAACCAAAUGAGCGUCGUCUGCCACGAAAGCACCGUUAGCCCCAGCCUCACUAUUGUGCACACAAUGCAAGGUUUUUCUACUCAAACUGAAAGGGAAGAGUACUUAUUUAUUUUAGCAUUUGUAUGUUUUUAAAGAAUAUCUUUCUAUUUGUAACAUCUUUGGAGUUGGAAGAAAAGGAAAAAAUGAGGAAAACUGAAACUGGCCUUGGCGAAUGAGGCCAUUUUUUUUAUUUAUUAUUGUAGUAAUUUUUACAUGUGUUUCUCCUUUUAAAAUUUUCAGUACUUGAACCUACUGUGAUGUUUUGAUUUCUACUCAAAUGAAGGACUAACCUGACAGAGUGUAGCAGGCCAAGGGCUCCUGUAGAACAUUCUAGAUCCUAAAACCAUGAACCGUAAAACUGUUUACAUAGACCCUGAUCUCCCAGCUGUUUAUAUGCUUCUCUUCAUAUCCAAACGAGAUGCAUUAAAUCUCUUUAUGCAAAAGUCCAUAUCAGUGUGUGUUUUGUAAUAUUUCAUUCACCGUUUUUGUCUGUUGUACAACGUUGGGCUGCACGUUGUGUCUUAUUAUCUUCAGUACGUUAAAGAACCGAACAAAUAAUCCUGUUGAUUUCCUGUCUUUCAAAUUCUGUCCCAGAAUGUCAUGACCUCUCUGCCAAAUGUAUUUUUGUCUCUAUGUCAACAAGACCGUUACAACAAGGCAAUAAACAGUCAGACCAUUGUUAUUCUUUGUUCCUCUUUUUUAUUUAAUAAUAAUAAAAGUUCAUGAUUCAACCAAAUCGCUGCAUUCACUCCUGAUGUGCAGAGAGAUACACAAUAAUAAAUGUAUUUGCAUAAUGUCAUAUAUUCUACAUUAUAUUAUUUGAAAGAUUUGUAUAAGUAAAAUGCCAAAAUGAUACAGUAACACAAAAAGUUUUAAUUUAUCAAACAUAUUAUAUUAAAAAAAGAUCUGAUGAACUUUGAUUCUAGCAUCCUAAUCCUUUUUAUCUUAGGCAAAUGAAGAAAUACUAAAUUAAUACUGCCAUCCAUAAAUUAUCAAUGGAAAACUGAAAUCAAUUUCAGAGAACAAAAUAAACUGUCUUCAUAAAGAUUUUUAAAUGAUGUUUUUACAACAGUUUCACUGUAAUAAAAGAAAAGUGUAUU